CCAACGAUAUUAACAAAACACAAAAAACGUUUUUCACUUAAACCCGGCAAACCCGUAAAAAAUUAAAAAUAAAAUCCACGAAACUUCUUUUCCAAACAAAAGCUGAGUUUAGUCCCACGGAAUUUCUCUCUCUCGUAGAAACCCUAAAACUUUCUCUCUCUACAAAUAUCUCUCUCUCGAUCAUUCUCCAUCGAUGGCGUCCGGAUCGUCGGGUCGGGGCAACCCGGGGUCAAAGGGGUUCGAUUUCGGAUCCGAUGACAUUCUCUGCUCCUACGAAGACUACACCAACCAGGACUCUUCGAAUGGGAACCAUGGCGACCCAGUCAUCAGCUCCAAUUCGGGAAAGGAUUUUCAGAAAAGCAGAAUCUCAAGAUCGGCGAUGUUUCCUUCUGUCUAUAACCAGCCAGAAGAUUCUUUCAGCCAAGAUGUGAUUGCAACUGUGGAAAAAAGUAUGAAAAAGUAUACCGACAACCUUAUGCGCUUUCUUGAGGGAAUCAGUUCACGUCUGUCGCAGUUGGAAUUAUACUGCUACAAUCUUGAUAAAUCAAUUGGAGAAAUGCGGUCAGAGUUAGGUCGUGAUCAUGGAGAGGCGGAUUCUAAACUUAAAUCUCUUGAGAAACAUCUUCAAGAAGUCCACAGGUCUGUACAGAUCCUAAGAGACAAGCAAGAACUUGCAGAGACCCAGAAAGAAUUAGCCAAGCUUCAGCUUGCGCAAAAAGAGUCAUCUUCUUCAAGCCACUCCCAAUCCAGUGAGGAGAAAACUUCAUCAGCUGCUGCUGAUGCCAAAAAGACUGAUAACACAUCUGAUGCAAAUAACCAGCAAUUAGCUCUUGCCCUGCCACACCAAGUAGUGCCACAGCAACAGCCUGUGGCACCUCCUCCACAAGCACCACCACAGAAUCUAACGCAGCAACAAUCCUAUUAUCUCCCUCCAACUCAGUUACCAAAUCCACCAGCCCAAACCCAACACACACACAGUCAAUAUCCACCUGAUUCUCAGUACCGAACACCCCAACUGCAGGACAUGUCUAGGGUGGCACCACAGCCAACACAGUCUCAAGUAAAUCAGACGGCACCAGUCCAACCAUUCCCUCAAUAUCAGCAGCAAUGGCCCCAGCAAUUACCUCAGCCAUCGCAACAGCCCUCAAUGCAACCCCAGAUCAGGCCCCCAUCGACAACGGUUUACUCGUCCUACACACCAAGUCAACCAACAAACCCAUCACCUCCAGAGACGCUGCCAAACAGCAUGCCAAUGCAAAUGCCAUUCCCAGGAAUUCCUCAACCUGCAUCCAGCCGUGUUGAUGCCAUGUCGUAUGGGUAUUCUGGAGCUGGAAGAACUGUUCCACAGCAGCCCCCGCCUCAGCAAAUGAAGGGCACUUUUGGAGCGCAACCAGCUGAUGGAUAUGCAGUUGGUGGACCCCAGCCUGCACUUCCUCCAGGGAGUGGAUAUAUGAUGUAUGACAGUGAGGGGAGAGCACAUCAUCCAACUCAACCGCCUCACUACACUCAAGGUGGAUAUCCUCCAACAAGUGUUGCUCUUCAGAAUCCACAAACAACAACAGGCCCCAAUCUUAUGGUCCGGAAUCCAAGCCAUUCACAAUUCUUUCGCAACCAUCCCUAUAGUGAACUGAUUGAGAAAUUGGUGAGCAUGGGUUUCAGGGGUGACCAUGUUGCAAGCGUGAUUCAGAGGAUGGAGGAGAGUGGGCAGCCCGUUGAUUUUAAUGCUGUGCUAGACAGGUUGAAUGUGCAUUCCUCUGGGGGUUCUCAGAGAGGAUGGUCAGGGUAAAGAAUUUAUUCAGUAAUUUGAGUUCCAUAUCAGUGACAAUCAUGCGUGUUUUAUUAUGCAUUGAAUAAAAGGUUGAUGUAAUGUGCACGGUGUAUUGUAUAUGUGGUUUGAGAGAUACAAAGAUGGUGUAUAUCUGCGACCUCAUUCCAAUACUUUUGUCUUCUGUUGUUUGAUGACACUUCUAGCAGUAGAAAGACUUCCAUUAAA